AUGGCUAGAAUUUAUGUGGGAAAGAGUAUGAAAUUUUCGCCCCACUUAGCAUGGAGCCGAGGUUGGAGAACCUCGCAGGGGCCGGCCAUGGGGAAGGGCAUCCAGGAAAAUUCCCACAGGGGCAGUUUCUCAGAUACAAUGAUGACACUGAAGGUUCAGAUGCUGUUUGGCUUCCUUUGCUGCAUGAUUUUUCUGCCUACAGAUGGCUUCCCAGCAGACACCAGUACUGAAUUUCGCUCUGCUUUCUCUGUGGCCAGAACCAGCAGCAUGGAAGGGAGCUCUGAGAUGGUCAUUACCUUUGACAAAGUGUACGUGAACAUUGGCAAUGACUUUGAUCCCAAGACUGGAUUGUUCCGCUGUCGGAUCCCUGGAGCCUACUACUUCUCCUUCACUGUUGGGAAAUACCCAAAGAAAAACUUGUCUGUCAUGCUGAUGAGAAACAAGAAUGAGGUUCAGGUGAUUGUGUAUGAUGAACAUCACCGCAAGGAACGGAAGGUAGCCAGCCAGAGUGCCAUGCUGCAGCUUGACUACGGUGACACAGUUUGGCUGCGUUUACAUGGAGAUCCCAAGUAUGCUCUUUACAGCAAUGUGGGCCCCUAUACAACUUUCAAUGGCUACCUAAUCUAUCCAGACACUUCUGCCUUCUUCCAGAAUGCUCUUAGCUCUCAAGAGCUGAGGCCACACCAUCACACUAUUCAGCAACUUCCCGGAGAGCAGAAUGAAGCUUCACAGCGACACAUGUUAUCUGAUCAAGCAAACAGGGAACAAGACCCUCGCUCUGCAUUUUCUGUUGCCCGCUCACAAAGUCUCCUGGGGACAGAUGACAAGCAAACCCAGCAUGAGCCAAUCACAUUUGACACAGAGUUUGUGAACAUUGGAAAAGAUUUCAAUUCCUCCACUGGCAUCUUCUCAUGCCGUAUACCUGGUGCAUACUAUUUCUCCUUCACCAUUGGCAAAAUGCCCUUUAAGACUAUGUCAGUGAAACUUAUGAAGAACCACAAUGAGGUGCAGGCCAUGAUCUAUGAUGACAACCACUCCAAGAGGCGGGAGAUGCAGAGCCAGAGUAUCAUGCUGCCUCUGCAAUAUGGGGACACCGUUUGGCUCUACAGCCAUCAGCACGAUGGCUAUGGUGCCUACAGCAACCAUGGCAAGUACAUCACCUUCACGGGCUUCCUGAUCUAUUCAGAGGCUCAGCCAAAGCAGCUUCCAGGUGCCAGCUCACCCCAAGGGUCAAAUAAUUAAAUGCAGAUGUGAA